UUCGAGAUUCGCCGAAGCGCUCUCAGUCUAUCAGAAGACUCGACCCAAGAUUAUACUAUUAUAGAUACGAUAUUGACGAAUGCACUCGAUGAUGCGGAUCAUUGACGAAAGAAUAAGACCUUGGACCUCUGCCGAAACACAGCGCGUGGGAGAAUAUUCUAUGGCAAUAUGGACAAUCAGGAGCAUAAAGAUGGAAUCUAUCUCCUCCACAUUCUCUUCACUUCCAUUCAAAGACACUGUCUUCACGUCUUUGAAGGUCUCACCCUUGGAUUGCUAUCCGAAAGGUGGAUGCUUGCUAGAGAAACCUGCGCGAUGCACAAUAUAAAAUGGCAGGUCAUUACCAACUGCCAUGAGACAGCAUCUGUCCUAUGAGCACUGGUGAAUGUCGACUUUCCACAUGUCGAAAAAAUUGUCCGAGAAAGCAAAUCAGAACAAGAAGUUUGGAGGAAAAGCAGCACCUAAGACUGCCGAAUCUGCAGCCCCAAAGAAACAAGGAGAGGCUGGAAAGGAUUGGGUCACUGGUGAACAGUCUAGCACUCUCAAGAAGACCAACUCCAAAGCGGCAGUGAAAGAGGACGAUGACGCAGGAGAAUUCGAUGAUGUGGAUCUCAGUGACCCGCCAACAGAGCCAACAGAGGCAGAGAAAUCUGGUUUCGAGAUGAUCGAUCAUACUGAUGCUCCUCAUUCAUCGCGCAACACGCAAGCCGACCACAAGUGGAAAUAUCCAGAGAACUUUGGUGAGAACUCGAAGACGGAUUCUGAGUAGACAUGCUUGGUUAGCGGGCAUCAAUUGCAUGCAUUCAUGUG